GCAGAAAGACUAAUAGCAGGCAGCAGUAUGGUCCGUUUCACCAUGCUCCUUCUGCUGCUAUCGAUUCCUCUAUGCAAAACCGAUGACCAGCUGACACCGGAAAAACCACUCUUCCCCGGCGAGAUGCUCAUCUCCAAGAGCGGCGUCUUCGCUCUCGGCUUCUUCUCCCCGGCGGCCAACUCCAGCAAGGGCCUCUACGUUGGAAUCUGGUUCCACGACAUCCCCGAGCGCACCGUCGUGUGGGUCGCCAACCGCGACAGCCCGGUCACCGCCCCUUCAUCGGCGAAGCUGGCCAUCAGCAGCAGCUCUGAAAUGGUGCUGUCGGAGUCGGACUCCCAAGGCGGCGGCUGCACUCUUUGGACAACCAAGAGCGGAGCCGCCGGCGCCGGCGCCUCCUCCGCCGUGCUGCUCGACACGGGGAACCUGGUGCUCCGGUCGCCGAACGGCACGGACGUGUGGCAGAGCUUCGACCACCCGACGGACACCGUCCUCGCAGGCAUGAUGUUCUUGAUGAGCUACAGGUCCCGCGUCGUCGGGCGCCUCGUCGCGUGGAGGAGCCCCGACGACCCGUCCACGGGGGACUUCUCCUUCAGCCUCGACCCCGGCUCGGACCUCCAGGGCAUCACCUGGAACGGGACCAAGCCGUACUGCCGCAACGGCGUCAGGACCGGCGUGUCGGCGUCCGGCAGCCCGUACCCGAUCAGCAGCAGCAACACCAGCGCGUUCGUGUACCAGAUGCUCGUCGACACCGGGAGCGCGAUCUACUACACGUACACCGUCUCCGGCGGCAGCUCGCGCACGCGCAUCACGCUGGACCACACGGGCGCGAUGACGUUCCGGGGCUGGGACAACGCCUCCUCGUCGUGGACGGUGAUCUCCCAGCGCCCCGCCGCUGCCGGCAGCUGCGAGGUCUACGCGUCGUGCGGCCCGUUCGGGUACUGCGACCUCACCGGGCCCGUCCCGACGUGCCGGUGCCUCGACGGCUUCGAGCCGGUGGACGGCGGCGGCGCGAGCUUCUCGAGGGGUUGCCGGCGGAAGCAGGAGCUGCGAUGUGGGGAGACGGCGGCCGGCCGCUUCGUGUCGCUGCCUGGGAUGAAGGCGCCGGACAAGUUCUUGCACGUCCGGAACAGGACGUUCGACCAGUGCGCCGCCGAGUGCCGGAGGAACUGCUCGUGCAUGGCGUACGCCUACGCCAACCUGAGCAGCUCCGGCACGCUGUCCGACCCGUCGAGGUGCCUGAUCUGGACCGGGGAGCUUGUCGACAUGGGGGCGAGGAAGGACGUGGUUGGUGACACCCUGUACCUUCGCGUCGCCGACUCCUCAGGGCCAAAUUCUACUGUAAACAGCAACAAGAAGAGAGAUUUGGUGGUAAAGAUUGUACUCCCAGCUGUAGUGUGCUUACUGACAUUCACAACAUUCAUAUAUAUUGUCACUAAACACAAGCCAAGAGGCAUCCGACGGAAGAAGGAAAUGCUGAAAAUACCUGCCCUUCGAUACUUCAGCACUAGUCAUGAUUCAUGGGAUCAAAAUCUGGAGUUUGCGUGCAUUAGCUUUGAAGAAGUCGCCACUGCAACAAACAGUUUCCACGAGACCAACAUGCUUGGACAAGGAGGUUUUGGGAAAGUAUAUAAGGGAACAAUGGUAGAUGGCAAAGAAGUUGCUGUUAAAAGGCUUAGCAAAUGUUCAGAGCAAGGGACAGAGCAGUUUAGAAACGAAGUGGUUCUUAUUGCCAAAUUGCAGCACAAGAACCUAGUUAGACUUCUUGGUUGUUGUAUUCAUGGAGAUGAGAAGCUGCUUAUUUAUGAAUACCUGCCUAACAAAAGCUUAGAUAAAUUCCUUUUUAAUCAUGGAAUACAUACUACACUUGAUUGGCCAAGAAGGUUCAAAAUAAUUGAAGGGGUAGCGAGAGGGCUUCUUUAUCUCCAUCAAGAUUCAAGAAUGAGGAUAAUUCACAGAGAUCUCAAAGCAAGCAACAUCCUGCUGGAUGCAGAGAUGAAUCCAAAAAUAUCAGAUUUUGGUCUGGCAAGGAUCUUUGCAGGCAACGAGCAACAAGAAAGCACUAAGCGAGUUGUUGGGACAUAUGGUUACAUGUCACCCGAGUAUGCAAUGCAAGGCAAAUUUUCAGUCAAGUCUGACACAUACAGCUUUGGUGUUUUGCUACUAGAGAUUGUGAGUGGAUUAAAGGUCAGCUCCCCUCAACAUCUAGUGAUGGAUUACCCAAACCUUAUAGCUUAUGCAUGGAACUUAUGGAAAAAUGGACGACAAAGGGAUUUCGUGGACACCUCGAUUUUGGAGAGCUGUUCCCUCAGUGAAGUGUUUAAGUGCAUCCACAUUGGACUCCUGUGCGUUCAGGACAGCCCAAAUGCGAGGCCACCGAUGUCAUUAGUUGUGUCCAUGCUGGACAACGAGGACAUCCCACGCCCAAUGCCGAAGCAGCCUGUAUAUUUUGCACAGAGGCAUUACGAAGCUGAAGAACCGACAGAAGAUUUGGAGAAAUCUGUCAAUGAUGUGAGUCUGACGAUGCUAGAAGGUCGCUGACCGCUAAAAUUUCAGACGAGAA